AUGAGUUACGGAUAUGGCGGUGGAGGUGGGAGAAGAGGCCGAAGAGGGGGUCGUGGGAACAGGGAUGGCAGCAGAGAGAGAUGGGACAGAGGAGGCCCGGGAGGCUCCAGAGAACACAGCUCCGACUUCGACGAGGAUCGAGGAGGUGGAGGACAGAAGGACCGUCCUCCUCCACACCUCAGGGGUCGUGAGAUCGGAAUGUGGUACGCACGAUAUGGAGCUGUGAGGAGGAAACAAGCAGACCGGAGAUCGCGGGCAGUGGUCCAGAUGGAUGAGGCCAGGGAGCAGCACAUUACCAAACUGCUCAACUCUGUCCAGAGUGACCAGCCCAGGCAAAGACGAGAUGUCCAAAUGAAGACAGCGGCUGGCAGCGGUGCUCAUUGUUACUUUGACGGGGAUGCGCCUGAAGAGGAGAAACACAAGAUUGAGGUCAAAGAAGAGGAAGAAGAGGAAAGUUCUCCAGGCCAGAGGAAGGCAAAUGAUCCAUCAAAGCGUGGCUUCUCUGCAGCAGCAGUUAAAGACGAGCCCCCAGACAACUGGGAGGAUGAUGAACAGGAUGAAAAGGAGAAGGAGAAACUGAUGAGGAGAGACAAGGAUUUGGAGUACUUGUUUCAGGAAAUUGUCAGAGACGGGCCACUGGAUGACCAUUUGAAAAGAGACCUAGAAAGCAAGAGAGCAAAUGGGAGGUACAACGAAAUGCUGAAAUUCAGGGAAAAACUUCCAUCCUAUGGAAAAAAAGAGGACCUGGUGGAGCUGAUCAACUCCAGCCACGUCGUCGUGGUGAGCGGGGAGACCGGCUGUGGAAAGACCACCCAGGUCACCCAGUUCAUCCUGGAUGAUUACAUCGACAGGGGCGUGGGCUCCAUGUGUCGCAUAGUCUGCACGCAGCCUCGCCGCAUCAGCGCCAUCUCGGUGGCAGAGCGUGUUGCGGCAGAGAGAGCAGAAAGUGUCGGAAAUGGGAAUUCUUGUGGAUACCAAAUCCGUCUGCAGAGCCGGUUACCACGGAGACAAGGUUCGAUUCUAUACUGCACGACGGGCAUUAUUCUUCAGUGGCUUCGCUCAGAUCGAUUGUUGUCAAGCAUCAGUCACCUGGUUUUAGACGAGAUUCACGAGAGAAACCUGCAAUCGGACGUUUUGCUCACCAUUGUGAAGGAUUUACUCAGCCUCCGAGAUGAUUUCAAAGUCAUCCUGAUGAGCGCCACGCUCAACGCAGAAAAGUUCUCCAAAUACUUUGAUAACUGUCCAAUGAUCCACAUCCCGGGUUUGGCGUUCCCAGUGGAGGAGUUUCUUCUUGAAGACAUCUUAGAGAUGAUCAGAUACUCUCCUCAGAAUCAGGACCGCCGCCCAAAUUGGAAGCGAGGCUUUUGGCAGGGGCGCAACUCCAGAUCUGAGAAAGAGGAAAAAGAGGCUGAAUAUAAGGAGAGUUGGCCCGCGUAUGCACGCACACUGCUGGGCAGAUACUCUCAGAGCACCAUCGAGACCCUGGAGAUGUUAGACACUGAUGACAAGAUUGAUCUGGACCUGAUCGUGGCUCUGAUCCGUCAUAUUGUGCUCAAUGAGGAGGAAGGAGCAAUCCUGGUAUUUUUGCCCGGUUGGGACAACAUCAGCACUCUUAAUGAUCUGCUCAUGGCUCAGCAGAUGUUCCGAUCAGACCGGUUUGUUAUCAUCCCUUUGCACUCCCUUAUGCCCACCGUUAAUCAGACGCAGGUGUUCAAAAGACCUCCACCCGGAGUAAGAAAGAUUGUGAUUGCUACCAAUAUAGCUGAGACCAGCAUCACCAUAGAUGAUGUUGUUUUUGUGAUAGACGGGGGAAAGAUUAAGGAGACCAACUUUGACACCAACAACAACAUCAGCACCAUGACAGCCGAGUGGGUUAGCCUGGCUAAUGCCAAACAGCGGAAAGGACGCGCUGGCAGAGUACGUCCAGGAAAGUGCUAUCAUCUGUACAACGGGCUCCGGGCCAGCCUGCUGAAUGCCUAUCAAUUACCUGAAAUUAUGAGGACACCACUGGAGGAGCUGUGCUUGCAGAUAAAGAUACUUAAACUCGGAUCCAUAAGUCACUUCCUGAGGAAAGCCCUGGACCCUCCCACUGAGAACGCUGUCAACCUUGCCAUCAAAAACCUCACAGAUCUGAAUGCCCUGGACCACACAGAGAACCUGACGGCACUGGGUGUCCACCUCGCCCGUCUGCCUGUGGAGCCUCACAUUGGCAAACUCAUCCUGUUUGGAGCGUUGUUGGGAUGCCUCAACCCCAUACUCAUCAUUGCGGCUUCACUCAGCUUCAAAGACCCUUUCUUCAUACCCCUGGGGAAAGAAAAGAUGGCUGAUAUGAGGAGAAGGACUCUUUCCAGGAACUCCAAGAGCGACCACCUGACUAUUGUCAAUGCUUUCCAGGGCUGGGAGGAAGCUAAACAGCGUGGUGCCAGGUAUGAGAGAGAGUACUGCUGGGACAACUUCCUGUCUGCCAACACACUCCAGAUGCUGCACAACAUGAAGGGUCAGUUUUCUGAACAUCUCAUGCAUGCAGGUUUUGUCAGCAGCAAGGACCCAAAAGAUCGAAAAUCCAAUAUCAACUCGGACAAUGAGAAGCUAAUCAAGGCAGUGAUUGUGGCAGGGCUGUACCCUAAGGUGGCUAUGAUCAGACCCUCCCACAGCAAAAAGAGGCCCGGGGUGAAGGUGUACACCCAGGCUGAUGGAAAGGUGUGCAUCCACCCAAAAUCAGUCAAUGCCGAAGAGAAGGAAUUCAACUACACAUGGCUGAUUUACCACCUGAAGAUGAAGACGAGCAGCAUCUUCCUGUACGACUGCACUGAAGUGUCCCCGUUCUCGCUGCUCUUCUUCGGAGGAGACAUCACCAUCCAGAAAGACGAGGGUCAGGAGACCAUCGCAGUGGACAAGUGGAUCGUCUUCAGAUCGCCAGCACGCAUCGCCCACCUAGUCAAGAGUUUAAAGAGGGAGCUGGACUCUCUGUUAGAAGAGAAAAUCAGCAAUCCAGCUCCUGUGGACUGGGAAAACCGUCAGUCUAAAGACUGCGCUGUGAUCACAGCCAUCAUAGACCUCAUCACUACCCAGGAGAAGCCUGCGGGCGGCGGUCAGGGCUAUGGCAGGACGUGGGAUUCUGCCCCGAGAGGACCGCACAUUCACUUCAACGACGAUGAGGAUGAGGAUGAUUAG